CGUCCUCAGUCACGUGUGUUAGGGUGAUUACGUGUAGCUAACCAACUAGCAGCUUUUAGCUUGUCAGACGAGACAGUUGAUACCACACAGCGACUGCCAAAGCUCUAGUUGUAUUUGAGUGUGUGCGGAGAAAUAGCAGACGUACAGUCACCGAGCAUCUAAAGACAAGAACGGAUAUUUUAAUCGAAGUGUUUAUGAUGUAGCAGAAUGGAAAUACCAAUGGAAAGCUCUUUGAAGUGGUACUGCAUAAAGACGUGGCUGCAAAUCGCACUAAAAAAGUGGCACUAAAAGGAACAAUAUGUUUGCCAAAUUGAAGAAGAAGAUUGCAGAGGAGGCGGCCACAGCACCCAAGAGUGGUGUUCGUAUACCCCGCACCAUCAGCAAGGAAUCCAUCACCUCAGUGGGGGCAGACUCAGGGGAUGACUUUGCAUCUGAUGGCAGCAGCUCCAGGGAUGACCUGCCCGCCCAGCUCCUCAGAAGAAACGAUCAGAUCAGGAAGCUGGAGGCCAAGCUAUCAGACUACGCUGAGCAGCUACGAAUUAUGCAGAAGACCAAGGACAAGCUUGAAAUUGCAUUAGAAAGGCAUCAGGAUUCAUCCAUAAAGAAACUUCAAGAACAGAAUGAAUCUCAUCAGGCCAGCAGAGCCAAAAUGGCAGAGGGGAUGACUUUGGCUUUAGAAAAGAAGGAUCAGGAAUGGAUGGAGAAGAUGGCCAGUGUAGAAAAGGAGAAGGCUGCCCUGUCAGCCCGGCUAGAAGAGAUGAUGGAACAAAGCUUAGCACUCUUCCAGAAAAGAGAUGACCUGGAUGAACUGGAGGGCUUUCAGCAGCAGGAGCUCGCUAAAGUUAAGCACAUGUUGCUGAGGAAGGAGGAGUUGCUGAGCCAGCGGGAACAAGAGAUUCAGCAGAAGGAGGCUGAUGUUCAAUCAGCCAAACGAGGCCUAUCAGAGGUUCGGAGGAAACUCCAGGCUCUGGAACAGCAGCACGAGGAGAGCUGCAGACUUAACUCUGAGCUUGAAAUAGAGCGAGAGGAACUGCUGCUGCUCAGAGAGGAGGCAGAUAAGAAGAUUGGUGAGCUGGAGGGACGAUGCCGGGAUCUGCAGUCAGUUAUCCAGCAGGUCUCUGAAGACUUCCAGAAGUCGCAGAGUAUGGUGUCAACUUUAGACAAGUCACUCCAUGAAUUACAGACUGAACAUGAUGCCCUGAAGUUGCAACAACAAAAGGCUGCUGUAGCAGAGGAAGACAAGGAGCGCCUGUUGGUGGACCUUCAGAAGAAAGUAACCUCCUUGGAGAGGCGGCUGCAAGGGAACCUGAGCCAGGAUGAGCAUCUGCAGGAACUUCUCCAGGAGAAGUCCAGCCUGUGGCAAAGUCUGGAAGAGACCAGAGCAGAGCUGCUGGCUGUGAGGACAAACCAUGCUGAUACUGUCAGCUCUUUGGAGACACAGGUAUCUAGGAUGAGCUGUAGUAUUACUGAGCUGCAGACUCUUCUCCGACACAAAGAUGACUCUUCCAGGGCCUACAAGGAGAGAACGGACGCACAAAUAGCUAACCUGGAGCAGCAACUUCUAGAGAGCAGUGAGAAGCUGAAGAGUACAGAGCAGCAAAUCACAGAGAAACAGCAGCACAUUGAUAAACUACAAAGAGAGUGGAGUGAAGAAAAAGCCUUUCUGGACCAGCAGGCGUGUUUGUUAGAGCAGCAGAAUCAGAAGAAUGCCAGCCAGCUGGAAGAAAGCAUCACUUCUUUACAGACAGACAAAGAGAAACUGCUUGACAGGGUGGCUCACCUGGACAAGCAGAUAGACAAAGCAAACUCCACCCUACAGGAGCAGGCAGAAGAGCUGGAACGAUGCAAGGCAGAGUUGAACAGUCGGCAGACGGUGAGCACAGAAAUUGCCAAAGCUCUGGAAGAAACCAGACGACACAAGGAAGAGUUGCAAACAAAGGUUGAAGAGCUGACAACCUCUCUGCAGAGCUCACAGCAGGAACAAGCCACUGCUGCUAAGAAGCUGGUCCUGAGAGACGAAGACGUUGAAACACUCCAGAUCGAGGUGCAGAGUCGGCAGGCGUCAUUGGACCAGCUGCAGGAGGAGACUGAGCGGCUGCGAGCCCAGCUGGAGCAGAUGGAGCGGGACAAAGACUCUCAGCUGAUCAGCCUGAGGGACGAGCUGCUCAGUCAGACACAGCAGCUAGACAGCUGCCAGGCACGGAUCUCAUACCUGGAGGUAGAAGUAGAAACUCUGACAGAACAGCUUCACAGCCCUGAAGUGUGUGAAGAGGAUCAGAAUGGCAGUGUGACCAUGGACGAUCUAGAUCAUAUUCAGAAAGUCAACAGAGAGCUGGAGCAGCAGCUCAGUGACAAGAACAGGACCAUUAAGCAGCUGCAGCAGAGACUGGCAGAACUGAAAAGAACUCUGCAGAAGGAACUGAAAAUAAAGCCUGAGCCAGAAGCUGAAGGCAGGGAGAAGUUGCCAGAAAGCCGAGCUGAAAAACCGGAGAGAGUUUCUUCAGACUCCCCACUGGCAUCCACUCCAAGCCCCCCGACCUCCAACACCACAGUGACCAACACCUCAGACCUCAACGACUCACGAGAAAUCAACUUUGAGUAUCUCAAGCACGUCGUCCUCAAGUUCAUGUCAUCCAGAGAAGCUGAGGCCUAUCAGCUAAUACGAGCUGUAUCUGUGCUGCUAAAUUUCACUCGUGAGGAAGAGGAUAUGCUGAAGCAAACUCUGGAGUACAAGAUGUCCUGGUUUGGGUCCAAACCUUCUCCAAAAGGUAUCAUCCGGCCGUCAAUCUCAGGCACUUCGACUCACUGGAGCUGAUGGGAAGCAGUAAGAGCUGAAGUGAUGGAGAGAAAGGAUGGAAAGGACCACCUCCAGGAAGAAACAAACAACGUCCUUCUAGUGUGGCAUCCAUCGCUAAGCAGCACUUUAGCUUUAACCUUUGAACGGCUUCCCACAGUUUUCUCUGGCUCUCUGUGGGAGUAAGUUGUUUUUUUUUUUUUCUCUGUGGGGACAGAGAAGGGACAGCACAUCUUUGAGGGAUAAAGGCUUAUUCAUAAUCAGCUGUUGAUUUUAAAAUGAUGUUUUUUUUUCUCAGUGGCUGAGGCAGACCAACUUUUGUCAGCGGUCUUAUUUUUCUUUUGACAUAUGACAAGUCUGAAAAUAAGUUAGCAUGUAAGAAAAUGAGACAUCAGAGAGAAAUAACAGAAUGACUUGACUGUUGUUUUAGGGACGGCCUCACUUCUGCACUCUUUAUGGGAUAAGCAUCAUAACGUGAUGCGAUUGUCUUCACUGGACAGAAAGUACAGCCUUUGAUUGCUGAAGGAACUAUUAGCAUGUUACUUGGUUAUUCUUUCAUUUUUAUCACAGAGGGCUUAUUUGAUGAAAAUGUGUCAUUUUAAGGAUCUGUGCAGGAUACUUAAACUGUCUUGUCUUCUGUAUCAAUGAAAGUUUAAUAGUAUCUGUGAAAUCAACAUGAAUACUUCACAUUGGUGUCAAAGGACCUUAAUCUGUCUGUAUGUUAGCACACCUCAGUGUCCUUUAAAUAUCAAAGUAAUCUGAACAAUCACUGGAAUCCAAGCGACAUUGUUGUCCAGUUGCACCGCCAAAUCACAGAAUUUGACAACAUUGCCAUCAGUACCAUUAUAAACAGUGAAAUGUAAAUGCUGUUUUUUUGCUGAAUAAUAACCAUUUAAUUUAUAUCAGCAUUUCUCAGUGCCCAGAAGUAGACCAUGACUCAAUAUUUCUGAGGUAAAAAUAUGUAAUAUAUUGACAGUGUUGAUAUUUUUGACUUUAAAAAAAAUGUGACAACGAUAAUAUUUAUCAUCAAAAUACAUUUUUUUAAGGAUCUAUUAAAUUUGACUACAAAGAAUUUUGUGUCUGUGGUGGAGAAACUAUGUAGCUGGUACACUUUGGCCUUUCUGUACUGCAUUUUUUUUACUACUCACUAUAUAUAUAUAUAUAUAUAUAUAUAUAUAUAUAUAUAUAUAUAUAUGCCAGCAUGUGUGUGGUAAGCUAAAAUCUUGAAUGCCCCAGACAAAGAAAGGCUUUUAGAACUAAAGGUUUGUCACUCGUGUAUCAAAACGGCUUUACCAUUUGAGUAUUUUUACAAUGAGUUGACCCUCCAAGUAGACGUUGCUCUUAGAUCCUUCCUCCAUCACCUAGUUUGGUAGACAGUUAUCUAACAAUGGCCCUAACUGAAACCACCUGUCAGCUUAAAUAUCUGAACAGUACAGAGUGUUGUUGAACUGACUGUGUCCCCCAGUUCAGGGUAAAAAACAAACACAGUGUGUACAUGCAGACUGUUGUAGGUGCAUUAACACCAGUGUGAAUGAAAUGGGCUGUAUUUUUACAGUUGGACAAUGUUAAUGUGAUAAUAAAAGUAAAUGCUAUGUAAAUGACUGGAGGACAUGCUCUACCUUUACCUGCCUUUGCUAAUUUAAAUGAAAGUACAUUCCACAUGUCUAUUUAUAUAUACAAAUUUGUACAUACUGUAUGCAUUGAGAUCUUUAUAAAUCAGUGGAUGUAAAUGGUUUGAUGUGAGCAGUUUGCAAUAUUUAUCAUAAUUGUAGACCUGAACCCAUACAUGUUUCUGCCUCAGCGUGUCACUCAGCUCCUCUGCCCAUCACUAUCUCCUACUCCUGAGUGUGAUGUCAGUCACAACAUUUAUUUUUCUGCCUUUUGAAGUUGUAUCUGUUUUAUUCAUUCUUUAUAUAUUGGAUUGCAGGAGUACAUCUGUUAAUGCGGAACUGUCAUGUUGUUUCUAAGGACAGGUAGCAGACUGAUGUGGUCACACUGACUCCAUUGGAUAAUAUACUGUCUCCAUGAGAAUCAAAGAAACCGUGAAUGCACUUUUUAACUUCUGUGUGUUAAACCCUAAAACACAACUGUACAAUCACUACAGCUUUUUUGUCUUUUUCUUUUUAUGAUUUGAAGAUUGCUGCCACUAUCGUGGUUUCCUUUCCAACUUUUAUUAAAAAUAAACCUGAAAUCUAAAUCACA